GUCUUUCAAUAGUGAUCGCGUUGUGGUGCGAGAAGGAUGUGCUUUCAUUGCCUGUAGUUCGGUUGUGUCUUCAAUACAGCAUAUCGACUAGUUUACAUCCAACAAGACUUUUAAUUUUUUAACUGAAAUUUGCACACUAACAGACGGAGAAGUUCAAGUUCAAUUCGAAAAAUCCUUCAGUAUACGGUAAAAGCGUCGUGAGCUGUGGUGAUAAUAAGCGAAACAUACGAAACACAGGAUUAGUAUGGCUCCGAAUGUGCGCUUAGUGGCAAGUUUUGUUUUGACGGUCGUGCUUUCGGGAAUGAUGGUGCAAUCGCAGAUGACCAAAAAACGCUGCGUAAGCCAACCGAAUGUGUCCAAAAAAGUUGACAAGGUUAUCCACGAGUGCCAAGAGGAGAUAAAAAUGAAUCUGAUUGAAGAUGCCCUUAAAGUGUAUAAAGAGGAUUGGCAUGACCGCAAGAAGCGCGAUAUGACCGUUGAGGCUGGUUACCAUCAUCCGACGGCAGUAUCCCAUGAGGACAAGUGGAUUGCUGGGUGCUUGAUGCAAUGUGUAUAUCGCAAAAACAACGCCGUAGAUAAAAAUGGUUGGCCUACGCUGGAUGGGUUGGUGAAUCUUUAUACGGAUGGAGUCAACGAGCAGGGCUACUUUAUGGCUACUCUGCGGGGAGUUGAUCGUUGUUUGAAGGGCACGUCGAUGAAGUAUAAUGUGAAGAGGAAUGAUGUGGCAGAUCCUCUCGAGCGGUGUGGAGUAGCAUUUGAUGUAUUCGACUGCAUUUCCGAUAUGAUCACAGACUACUGCAGCGACCAGCAGAGACAUGAAUUUUAUUGACGAAUCAUAUAUUUUUAUAUAGAACAUUUUAGGUUUAUCAUAUUUAUGUGAGAAAGUGAUGCUAAGUAAUACAAUUAAUUAGUAGUUAUUAUUAGGUUGAAUUGGUACAUCAGUAUGUGCAGUGACGAGUCGUUUAUUUUGAUAGUGUUACAUUUGAACUUACUACUGGUUAACAACAUGGAAUAAGUAAAAUUUGUUUAAUUCCGCCUGAAGUUCUGUGUAUUGUUAAUUGUCGAAACCUUUGUAUCAAAAGAAUACUUAUAUUUACAAAAUUUAUCAAAACCUUUGUACACAAUAAAAAGGGAUUUUGACACAAUUAA